AUGGCUUCACUUCUGAGCUGGUUCGGUGGCCCUGCCGCAUCGAAAGAACAGACAUCCAACAAGAAGACCACAGUACGAGCACUGCCAGCAGAAUGGUACACAGCGCCAGAAAUGUAUCAACUUGAGCGACGAGCAAUCUUCUCAAGAAGGUGGCUGUUCAUGACACACAACUCUCGCUUCAAGCAGGCAGGCGACUUCAUCCGCUUCAACGUUGCAGGCUACGACUUUGUUAUCAUUCAAGACCGACAGAACAAUAUCAACGCCUUCCACAAUGUAUGCAGACACCGUGCCUACCAAGUCGUCGAAGAACCACAGGGCAGGAAGAACAUCCUCUCAUGCCGAUACCACGGCUGGUCUUACGGCCUAAACGGCAAGCUUGCCAAGGCUCCUGACUACGACACACUUGACGACUUCGACAAGAACGCUAAUGGCCUAUUCCCAAUUCACGUUCACAUCGAUCAGAAGGGCUUCAUCUGGGUGAACAUGGACUCUAACGAGACCCCCGAGCUGUCCUGGGAGGAACAAUUCGCUGGCGUCGACGAACAGGAGAGAUUCGCCAAGUUCGACUUCGCCGACUACAAGCUCGAUCACACUUAUGAACUCGAAGCAAACUACAACUGGAAAAUCGCCUCCGACAACUUCAACGAAUGCUACCACUGCAAAACCACCCACCCAGACGUCCCCACCUUCCUCACAAUCGACUCCCACGACUGCGAGGGCAAAGACGGCCACAUCCAACACGACCAAGCCCCCACCGACGAACAAAAGGAAAAGGGCUUCGACGUCAACAGCACCUACUACUUCCCCCACGUCAGCAUGUCCAUCUCACCCCACUUCAUGAUGAUCCAGCGCUUCAUGCCCGUCGGCCCCUCCAAAACCACAGUCGAGUACGAAGUCUACCGCAACACCAACUCCUCCGACGAAGACUUCAAGGCUAUCGCCGACACUUACGCGAGAGUCAUGAAGGAGGAUAAAGCGCUCUGCGACAAGGCUCAGCGGAACCUUAACGCGGGAGUGUUCGUCAAUGGUGAACUUCACCCGCGAUGGGAGAAGGGACCGUUGUUCUUUCAGAGCUCGGUGCGCGAUGUUAUCACGGAGCACUUCAAGAAGGAGAAAGCUGCGGGUCAGGAGAUUUGGCCCGCGAGGCAGAAGGUGGCGGGUGCGAGUGGUGUGAGUGAUGAGGAUUUGGAGAUUUGCAAGGGGAUUGGAUGUGGACAGCAGAAGGAGAUUUUGGCUUGGUAA